AUGGGACCUGCUGACAGCUUUUCUCCAUUUCAUACAGAAAAGAGAACUAUUCCUGCUAACACCUCUCAUUCUAGCGAAUACUUGACAAUGAAGGGCAAGUGUGAUGUACAGUUUUCCUCUGAGCUGUCUGAGGAGGAAGACAAUAUGUAUGAGACUGUAAAUUCUUCAGUGCUGGAGGCCAUGCAUUCUUUGAGAAUCCUUCCUGCCAAACCUCUACAAGAAUCUGAAUAUGCAGACACACGUUGCUUAAGGCCUUCAGGUACCACUUCCCCAAUGAGUGAGAACCCAUCUCAGCCUCUUCAAUACUCAGCCGUUCACACAUUUGAUCCAGAGGGGAGAACAGUGCCAAAUGUAAGAGGAGGAAGAAUGAAAGUACAUGGAUACCAGGAGCCCACACCUCCCCCACGGCCUCUGAAGAUGCUGCCAAAGCAGUAUCAGCUCCUUCCUCCAGAGCCAAGGAUAAGCAGCCAGGUCCUUCACAAGAGGAACACGCUCAGCCGAGAUCCCACCGAGAUACCAGCAAAUGUCACAAGACAUUCAUCUGUUAAGGAAUCAAAUCAAGUAUCUGGAAGAGAGCAAGUUACAAGUUUGAGGAAGAAACCUGAAGUACCUUUUCAAGCACAACAGCAUCCUCCUGAAGCCAGCCCUCAGUGUAGAUGGAGAUCUAAAAACUUUUGCAGAUCAGGUUCCACAUUAAGUAUAGAUAACUUGACAGUGAAGAAGCCACCACCUCCUACAUCAUAUGCAACAUGCAAAAAUAAAUCAAAACAUUUGCUUGUAGAACAGGAAAUGCAAUCUCUUACCAAACCCACUGAAAAGGAUUUAAACAAAUGUGAGUGGUAUGUUGGAGAAUAUGAUCGCCAUAAAGCAGAGAAGAUACUGUUACAGAAAAACACUGAUGAGACAUUCUUGGUUAGAGAUUGUUCAAAGAAAUCAAAGGCUGAACCAUACGUUUUGGUUGUUUAUUAUGGAAGAAGAGUAUACAACAUUAAAGUACGAUUCCUGGAAGAAAGCCAACAAUACGCGUUGGGAACAGGGCUCAGAGGAGAGUGUAAAUUUAAUUCAGUGGAAGAGAUCAUUGACUUCUACAAAUCCGUUCCCAUAACGCUCAUUGAUGGAAAGGAUCAGUCAGGAAACCACAGAGAACAAUGCUACCUCACACAUCCAUUCAAGUCAUGCUGA